CACAGAUUUAGUUGUCAUGAUAUUAUCACCUGCCCAUUGAUAUUUAAAGUAGCUGAGCAUCUCUGCCUUCAAUAUUUAACCCUGGGUCAGUCUCGGUAGCCACAUUUACAAACAAAUAGUGGCUUAAAUGAGGCCCCAAUCAAUGCAAGUUGAUGUUUAACUGUUUGCUGAGCAACUGCCAAUCUUUGACUCUCAGGAAUUCUGCUAUCCGCAGUCACUUAGUCGCUCCUUUUUUGGACUAAGCAGCAAGUUUUUUUUCUAAUUUAAAUUUAAGUUACGUAAGGACAUGGACCUUCAUCUGACACUCCUGUUGAUCUGUCUCUGCAGCCAAGGAGUCACUAGUGUUGAGGUGGCAGAAAAUGACUCGAUCCCUUUGGUGCCUCUCAUUCCUUUGAUGCCGAGCCACCCCAUAGAGAAUGUAGAAAAUGAAACUACAGUACAACCAGAAACUGCAGCUACCACAGAAGUACCUGUAAUUUUAACAACAACCAUUACUGGGCCCACUGGGAGCUCAGAACAAGAGGAGGAACAAGAUGGAGUUUGUCUGUCUGUCAGCCGAAGCCGACAGUCCAGGGAGGCCAUCGGCGCAGCCAUUCAAAAACUGGGCGUGCAGCUGCUACAGAACCUGGAGACGUCGCCAGAGCAGCCAAAUGUCAUCAUAUCUCCUUUGAGCAUAUCAUUAGCGCUCUCCCAACUGGCUUUAGGCGCAGUAAAUGAGACAGAGGAGCUGCUGAUGCAUCAUCUCCAUGAAAACACUCUCCCCUGCUACCACGAAUCGCUGCAUAAUGUCCUGGAGCAGCUCAGGGACAACGACCUGCAAAUUGCCACACGGAUCUUCCUGCGCCAAGGGUUUGAACCAAAGCAAGACUUUGUCGAUGAAUCCAAGCGGUUAUAUGACUCAGAACCAGCAGUCCUGGAGAGCCUGCAGCAGAUAAACGACUGGGUAGACAAUGCAACAAAUGGAAAGAUGUCUGACUUCCUGUCUGCUUUGCCACCCAAUCUGCUCCUCAUGCUCAUCAAUGCUGUCCAUUUCAAAGGAGAGUGGAAAGCUCGAUUUGACCCGCGCUUCACCUCCAGAGGUGUGUUCUACCUUGACGACAAGAACAUGGUUGAUGUCGAAGUGAUGGAAGAUGCCAAACAUCCCUUGAGUUUAUUUACUGAUAGUGAACUUGAGGCUCAGGUAGCACGCUUCCCAUUCCAGAAGUCAAUGAGCUUGUUGGUGGUCAUGCCUAUGUCCGGCCAGGUGAACGUGUCUUCACUUUCCGCUAAACUGAAUGUCUCGGACCUGUAUCGUCGUCUGCCCAAGGAGAGGUCUGUUCAAGUUAAAGUCCCCAAAUUCAAACUGGAGUAUGCUCAAGACCUACAAGAUGUUUUUACUAAAUUGGGCCUCGGAGACAUGUUCUCCAGUCCCAACUUGGCUAACAUGGCAGACGGCCCCCUGCUGGUCUCCAGUGUGAUGCACAAGUCCAUCAUGGAGAUAAACGAGGAAGGUGCAGAGGCGGCUGCAGCCACCACUGUGGUCAUCUCACGGGCAUCCAAUCCCAUUUUCCACCUCAGCCAACCAUUCUUCUUCGCCCUUAUGGAUGAUAUGACUCAAGUGCCCAUUUUCAUGGGUGUCAUUAACAACCCAAAUCCCGGAGCUCCUAUCUUGCAGAGAGGAGGAUUUGGAAACAAAGAUAAAGUGGGAUUCCCAAUUGAUAAGAGUCAGGAUGGCACAUUCGGAGGUCCACCUAAGUAAUACCUACACUGCUGUCCCAGGGAAAACCCAGACCAAGAUCUCUGUGAUUGUACAGAUUAAAUGUACAAUAUCAAUUAGCUGGAUCAAAAUGUGUGUGAAAACAGAUGCUUUGUUUCAUUGUAGAAUAAACACACUAAGGAGCCCAGUAUCCCAUGUAAAAAACAAAUAUUAAGGACAUAAAAUGACAGUUUUGCUGCAUUAGAUGACAUGUCCUGGUCAAGCAACUCUUAAAAUUGUAAUAAGAUACAAGAAAUGGUUUGCACCCAUAAUAAAAUCUCUCUUCAUCUUUAUUUGAUUGCACUUUAAAUUUCCAAGAUCUCAAAAUGUAAGGCCAAUGUCACAGCAUUACUGCAUCAUUUUGUAUGUAGUUGAUUUAAAAAAAAAAAAAGAUGUCAUCUAAUGGGCUAAUAAAUUGAAUUGAUUUGAAUCACAACA